AUGAACAAAAAGCACUAUCCACAAUCACUGAGCGAUGAAGUAUGUCGUUUGCAGAAAAUAGCCAAAGACGGUACUCUGCACAAGUGCAUGACUUCGAGAGGAACCAACACUGUUCAAGAUUUCCUCCAGCUGUACUUGGAAAUGGGAUCACCAAGCGGACAUGGGAGACGAUUGUCAAACAUGCCAGCCCGUGUGAUCAACGAUGACAAGAUGUAUUUCUGCCAAGCUUUGAACAAGGCCAGUAUAGUGUUCAAUUCGGUCAUGAAAGUUGCUCAAGCAGCACUCGAUGGCCAAAUUUACCAGUCGGUAGACACAUUGGCCCACUCUCAGAAGAUUUUGUUGCAGAACUUGAAAUGGCUAGCUUACAAUAACAACAAUCAAUGGUGCCGCUCGAUGCCCUACCCAACGUUCUUCAGCGAGUCGCGAGUAGGUGUGAAGGAGAACUUUUAUGGUGGAAAAUUUUUGGUGAUUAUGCAUGACUCGGAGACACUUGCUUCAUUUUGUAGAAAUAGUAAAGGCAAGCAAGUUGUCGCCCCUGAUGCUAGAGGCACGCCUCAAGCUUCUCGAGAAAGAUCGAAGGGACCUUUGAAGCUAAAAGUGUUCUCCGAAGACAAGAAGGUUAGCUUUGCUUCUCGAUACUUAGAAGGCGAGGUAGAGCAUUGGUGGGAGGGAAUGAGGCCGACUCUUGGAGAUAGGGGUGGUGCUAUAGCUUGGGAGGACUUUAAGCAGCCUUCAACUAAGGGUGAGCGUGGUUCCGGGUAG